UGACAUGUUGAGGUGAAGCAGGUGAGCUGCUGGGUGUGUCUUUGGACAGGUUAGAUUGUCAGACAGGUAGGUAGGUGUGUUUGUGUUGGAGAGAGAGACAGAGAUAGGACGAGAGACGCAGAGGGAGGGGAGGAGAAGGUUAUUUAUGGCGAUGCAGUCGAUGGUAUGGACUUCCAGUUAUGGCUCUCUGCAAAGUGAUCUGUGUGGCCACGCUGCUGACUCUCCUGACACAAGACUCUCUCUCUCAAAUCGAUGUGUGUGGCCGGCCCGCGCUCAACACCAGGAUUGUUGGAGGACAGGUGGCCCCUGAAGGCAGCUGGCCCUGGCAGGCCAGUCUGCACAGAUUUGGUCACUUCUGUGGAGGGUCCCUCAUUAACAGAGAAUGGGUGCUGACUGCUGCUCACUGCUUCCCCAGCACCAGCACAGCCAACCUGAUCGUGUAUCUGGGUCGCCAGAGACAAGAGGGAUCCAACGUCAAUGAGAUGUCUCGGACGGUGACACAGAUCAUCAAUCAUCCCGACUAUAACAGUGAGACUAGUGACAACGACAUCAGCCUCCUGAAGCUCUCCUCGCCGGUGACUUUCACCAACUACAUCUUGCCCGUCUGCCUGGCGGCCUCAGGCAGCACCUUCAAUGCCGGCACUGACAGCUGGGUCACUGGCUGGGGCAACAUUGGCUCUGGAGUGCCCCUUCCUUCCCCCCAAAACCUAAUGGAGGUGGAGGUGCCCAUUGUGGGGAACAGACAGUGUAACUGUGACUAUGGUGUAGGAGUUAUUACAGACAACAUGAUUUGUGCCGGGUUACGUUCUGGAGGGAGGGAUUCAUGUCAGGGGGAUUCAGGUGGUCCGCAGGUGAGCAAACAGGACGGUCGCUGGAUCCAGGAGGGAGUUGUGAGUUUUGGAAGAGGUUGUGCCCUGCCUAAUUUCCCAGGAGUCUACGCCAGAGUGUCCCGGUAUGAGUCCUGGAUCAAGAGCCAGAUCACCAGCAACCAGCCAGGCUUUGUCAGAUUCACGUCCAGUGGGACUGACAGUGACCUCAGCGUCACCUGUCCUGGCCUGCCACCACCACCGACCACCGUCCCCCCAGCCACCACAGCAAAACCUGUGUUCUGUGGCCAAGCCCCGAUGAAUUCACGUAUUCUGGGAGGAAGCUCAGUGGCGAGUGCUGGUAUCUGGCCGUGGAUGGCGAGCCUGCAGAAGAAUGGAAGCCACAUGUGCGGCGGGACGCUUGUGGCCGAGGAGUUUGUGUUGAGCAACGCCAACUGCUUCUCGAGUUCUUCCACAGCGUCUGCAUGGACCGUUGUUUUGGGGCGUUUGAAACAGAAUGGAUCCAACCCAUUUGAGGUGACACUGAAUGUGACAAACAUCACUCUGAGUAAUCUCACUGGGUUUAAUAUAGCAGUGCUGCGCCUGGAAACCAAACCCACCCUCUCCGACUACAUCCAGCCCGUCUGCCUGAACAAUGGAAGAACCUUCAGUGUGGGCACAACGUGCUGGGCCGCCGGCUGGGGCGCCGGGCGAGGAGGAGAAGAACAAGUCCUGCAGGAGUUCCAGACCUCGGUGGUAAAUUGUGGGAACGCGUCGUCGAGUGAGAGCAUCUGUACCGGAUCUUUUACACUGGAGCAGGGAGAUUCUGGUGGUCCGUUGAUGUGUAAGUUGGAUGGCUCUUGGUUCCAGGCAGCAGUGUUAUCCACCGCAGACAGCACCAAUCAGACGAGUUCACGGGAAGAUAUAAUGACCUUUACCGGACUGACACGCUUUCAGAACUUCCUGUCUAGAACAGUGGGAACCUUCCCAUCUCCGAACUCCCCCACCAUGAGCACACCAGCUGCCACCAACAUGAGCAACACCACCUCCGGGGGCGGUGCUGCUCACGCCCACUCCUCCUCCUCCUUCUUCUUCUUCCACCUCCUCAUCUUCUCCGUGUGUCUCCAGCUCUUCAUAUAGAAAACUAUAGGUGGAGCGUGGGUGGAGCUGAGGCGGGCUGAAUGAAGCCUGGUUGCUAAAACCAUUUGCCUGUGACGUCACCCACCUGUCAAUCAAAGCGUCCACGCUCUUAACCCUGCAUAACUUUAAGCCUUGAUAUAAUGUGAACAGGUGUGUUUUAUAUAAAUUCACCCUCACCACACGAGGAACUGGAUUAUCCGGGACUGCCCUGUGCUUCUGUGCUGAGGAUGAGAGUUAAAUCUGCUCCUCUAGCCCACUUCACUACUCUGUCGCCACAAUUAAAGUUGAUCCGUCACGAUGAUCUGAUCACGAGCUCGACUUCCUUUUUGUUCAGAGAUUCUGAUGCCAGUCUGACGUGAACGGUGUAAAAUGAAGAAUGUUUUUUAAGCUGCACUGAACAAAUGUAGAAAUGGCUUUUGAAGCUACGUGGAAGAUAUCUGUACUUCUGUUUUUAUUGUGAUUUUUUAAAAAUCAAUGCAAUGUUAAACGUGUGAAAUCUAAAAAUGUAAGCAGGAUCAUCUACCUCACAUCAUGUUAACUCCUCUUCCAUAAUGUAUGCCAAGUGACAGCACUUAAUAUGAACAUGAAAUGAUGAAAUGUUGCUCUUACAUCAGAUCUAGUGUCUUUUUAUAAUAAUGACCUGCUUUAAAAAAGAAAUAAGAAUCCUCUCUGUUGAUUCACUGAAGUUCAUUCAAAUCAGCUAAAUUAAAGACUUACACAGAAAA